UGCCGCCGUAAAGCUGCUUUCAUGACACCCGGGCAGCUGCUUCUCUGGUCGCCCUGAAAGUUGUCUUCCUCUCCGGUGGUUUCUGGACUUCUGAGAGGCGCCGAAGAAGAUAUGACCUUAAUGUCGAGGAUUUAACGAGUUUGUGUUGUUGAACCGAACUGAACCGUUGACUUGUCACCAUGAGAAGCAGGAGCAACUCGGGCGUUAAACUGGACAACUAUGCCCGGAUGGUACAACAAACUAUCCUGAAACACCAAGAUCCAGUAACGGGUCUUCUGCCAGGCAGCCCAGAUCACCCGGACGCCUGGGUCAGAGACAAUGUUUACAGCAUCGUGUCGGUGUGGGGCCUCAGUCUUGCCUACAGGAAGAACGCCGACAGGGAUGAAGACAAGGCCAAGGCCUACGAACUGGAGCAGAGUGUGGUAAAGCUAAUGAGAGGUGUCCUUCAGUGUACUAUGAGGCAGCUGGAUAAGGUGGAGAAGUUUAAAUACAGCAGAAGUACCACAGACUGUCUCCACGCCAAGUACAACACCAGGACCUGUGCGACAGUCGUCGGGGAUGAUCAGUGGGGUCACCUCCAGGUCGACGCCACCUCGCUCUUCCUGUUUUUCCUCGCUCAGAUGACCGCAUCAGGUCUUCAUAUUGUCUACACCCAAGAUGAAGUGGACGUAGUUCAGAAUCUCAUGUUCUACAUCGAGGCAGCUUACAAAGUGGCAGAUUAUGGGAUGUGGGAGAGAGGAGACAAAACCAACCAGGGCAUCACUGAGAUUAACGCCAGCUCUAUUGGCAUGGCCAAGGCAGCUCUGGAGGCAUUGGACGAGCUCAACCUGUUUGGAGCAAAAGGAGGACCUGGAUCUGUGGUCCACGCCCUGGCUGAUGACAUACAGCACUGCCAGUCCAUCCUGACCUCCAUGUUACCCAGAGCAUCCAUCUCUAAAGAGGUGGAUGCCGGAGUCCUGUCCAUCAUCUCGUACCCUGCUUUUGCCGUUGAGGACAUCAGCAUCGUCAACAUGACCAAGGAGGAGAUCAUCUCAAAACUCCAGGGUCGAUACGGCUGCUGCAGGUUUCUCAGAGACGGACACAAAACACCUAAAGAGGAUCCAAACAGACUGUAUUACGAGUCCGCAGAGCUGAAGCUGUUUGAGAACAUCGAGUGUGAGUGGCCGCUGUUCUGGACCUACCUCAUACUGGACGGCAUUUUCAUCAACAGCCCCGAACAGGUGCAGGAGUACCAGGAGGCUCUGGAGGGCAUCCUGAUCAAACAGAAAGACGGGAUACGACUGGUCCCAGAGCUCUACAGUGUCCCCGCAGAGAAGGUGGAGGAGGAGUACGGGAACCCUCACUCUGUGGAGAGGGUUCCUAUGGGCAAGUGUCCUCUGAAAUGGGCGCAGUCUCUGUACAUCCUGGGAAACCUUUUGUCCGAGGGUUUUCUUGCCCCCGGAGAGAUCGACCCUCUUAACCGGCGUUUCUCCACCAUCCCAAAGCCUGAUGUGGUUGUACAGGUGUCAGUCCUGGCAGAGUCCGAGGAGAUUAAACAGAUGCUUGUGAAGAACGGUAUCGAAGUGGAGACUGUGGCUGACAUCCAUCCCAUCCACGUGCAGCCCUCCAGAGUCCUCAGCCACAUUUACGCCAGACUUGGGCGUAACCCGAGGCUGGGUCUGACGGGACGACCCUACAGGAGAAUCGGAGUUCUGGGAACCUCCAAGUUCUACAUCAUCAGGAACACCAUCUUCUCAUUCACACCUCAGUUCAUCGACCACCAGCAGUUCUACAUGGCGUUGGACAACAAGAUGAUCGUGGAGAUGUUGAGGACAGAAAUCAGCUACCUCUCGUCCAGAUGGAGGAUGACCGGACGACCCACCGUCACGUUUCCCAUUUCACAGUCCAUGCUGACUGAAGACCGUACAAACCUGGACCCUGCAGUGUUGGCUACACUGAAGAAGUUACAGGACGGUUACUACGGAGGAGCAAGGAUCCAGACAGGGAAGCUGUCGGAGUUCUUGACCACUUCCUGUUUUGCUCACCUCAGUUUCCUGGACGGUAAGGCUCCCGGCAGCAUGGGCCGCCACACCGAAGAGUAUGAUGGUGAUGAUGAUGAUGAUGAUGAUGAGGGUGGCGGCGAUGGAUACGUGCAUGAGUUACGUUAUGACGAUGAGGCCGAUGACCUCGCUCAGUACCUGGAUCACCUGUUGGCCCAGUCUGCCCCCAAGAAGGCCAAAAAGCCGAUGGGGGGUUUGAGCAGGUUCAAGGCUAUUGCCACCAAAACGAAGGACAUGGUGUCUCUGAUGAACAAGGCUCAGGACCUCAACAUUCAGAACGUCAACAUGUACCUGCCAAACAAACUGUUUCGCUCUACUCAGCCGUCUCUCAACCUGAACCUCCGGGACUCUUCUGAUCAACAACAAACUUCAGAUCCAGGAUCAGCCACAGCAGAGUGCGGCAUCCCCAGAGACGCUAGCGGAGACAUCGAUUACAGCGCUUUGGCGCAGCUGCUAAAAGACACACAAAACCUCCAGGACCAGGCCGAUAUACUCUACAUCCUCUUCAAAGACAAGGGUAUGGAGUGGGACACUCAGCUGCACGGUAAAGGCUCCACGGUGCGCUCUCUGCUCAGUGACCUUUACGUGAAGGCCGGUGAACUCAAACACUGGGGCCUCAUCAGGAUGAUCUCUGGCAUGCUGAGGAAGAAGGUGGAGGAGCUCGACUCGGCCUGUUCUGAUUUGCUGGCGCACCAGAAGCACCUGACCGUGGGUCUGCCCCCUGAACCCCGAGAGAAAACCAUCACCGCUCCCAUCCCCGCAGACCAGCUGGCUGCUGUCAUCGACCAGGCCAGCGACAACAACAUCAGCGUGGCCAUACUCACUCAGGAGAUCAUGGUGUACCUGGCCAUGAGCAUAAGGACUCAGCCCAGUCUGUUCAGCGAGAUGUUCAGGCUCCGCAUCGGUCUCAUCAUCCAGGUCAUGGCCACCGAACUGGCCCAGUCACUCAACUGCUCAGGAGAGGAGGCGACAGAGAGUCUGAUGAGUUUGAGUCCGUCUGAACUGAAGAAUCUCCUCCACCACAUCCUCAGCGGGAAGGAGUUUGGAGUCCAGCGCAGCGUGCGAGAGAUGGACGCCGGAGUCAGUCCCGCCAUCUCCAUCCAUCACCUGGGCAACGUCGGCGCCACCAAGAGCGAGAGAGCCGGCAUCAGCAAACUGAAGAGCGACAUGAAGAUGCUGGAACACAGGUUGUCUCUGACGGAUCUGAGUAAGGAACCCAGGCUGUCUUUAACAGAUGCAGUUAUGGAGAUGGACCGCAGGGUGUCUUUGACUGACUCAGUGAAGUUCGACCAGUCACCCUCGACCUCCCCUCGAAAGAGCAUUCGAUCUCAGUCACUGGACAUAGACAACAUCGAAUCUGGGAGGUACAGGCUGCCGUCGAUUGAAUCUCUGGACAUCCCGGGGGGCACUCCGGUUGCCAAGGAUACCAGACACGGCCAAUGGCUGCGCAGGAGGCGUCUGGACGGCGCUCUGAACCGAGUCCCGGUCGGGUUCUACCAGAAAGUCUGGAAGAUCCUGCAGAAGUGCCACGGUCUCUCCAUCGAGGGAUUCGUCCUUCCUUCUUCUACCACCAGAGAGAUGACGCCCGGAGAGAUCAAAUUCUCCGUCCACGUGGAGACGGUCCUUAACCGCGUCCCUCAGCCCGAGUACCGGCAGCUGCUGGUGGAGGCCAUCCUGGUCCUCACCAUGCUUGCCGACGUGGACAUCCAGAGCAUCGGCUCCAUCAUCCACGUGGAGAAGAUCGUCCACCUCGCCAACGACAUGUUCUACAAGGAUCAGAUGGACCUGGGAGCAGAGGAGCACAUCCUGGAGAAGGACCCGUCCACCGGAGUGUGCAGGCUGCUGUACGACAGCGCCCCCAGCGGCCGCUUCGGGAGCAUGACCUACCUCACCAAGGCUGUGGCGGUGUACGUGCAGGAUGCGCUGCCCAGCGGGUCGUGCCCUGUGCAGUGAGAGAGGACGCCACGAGAAAACCCCGGAGCAGGCGUGAAACCACUCGAUCAGAAACAUCCAAUAUUUUUUACAUUCAUUUAACAGUAAAUUAACAGCAAAUAAUAUCGUCACUGUGUGUUGAUCAGUGACAGAAACGAGUGAAGCUGGAAGUUCGAAACACGUGUUACAGUAUGUUUUAAUGAAUUGUGGGAAUUCACUGAGUAUAGAGUUAGACGUCAAAGCUAACUGUUUCCUCCUGUUCUCAGUCUUUGUGCUAAGCUAAGCUAAACUAAGCUAAGCUAAGCCAAGCCCAAUGGUUCCUACCGAAGAUGCACAUCUUCACAAAUAGGUCACACAUAUAUAAAUAUACAGUUUCAGUAACUUGCUCAAACGGUUGUACUUUUUAGCAAACGUUACUCAAACAGUGGUUGGGGACUAUUUUCAGCUGCGGAUUAACACGCAUUUAUUGCUCCAAUGAGGACGGAGCAUGAGGGAUUUAGUGGCACAGAGGAAUAAGAUUUUGGAUACAUAAACAAUACCCCUUCGCUUGAUCCAUUCGUUGCUGGUUUUGGUCUUUUUAAAAGGGAUUUGUUAUCCAGAAUAAAAUACUAAAAACCAGUGGAAGUGACUGUGAUUCGACUCUGACAGUCUCCUAAAGCAAUUCAGUUUCUUCACAGCUGAGUAACCACCGACUAACAUGAACUUUCAGCCGGGACACACACUUUUCUUCUCACCAAAUCUUCGUGUAACUUUAGAGACUCCAAAACUAAACUGUAAAUUAAAAAAAAAAAAAUCUAAAUAAUUCUUCUAACUGAUCCUAAUUUAUUCCCACACAGAAACUCAGAUUGUAGUUCACGUCGCGAUACCUCAAAUCCUACCUGCUGUGUGAUGUACAAAAUAAUGGAUGAAUAUAAUUAGAUAAUCUAUUGACUAUUUAUUUUAUAGUUUUUAAACAAUUACAAAACAAGGAAUGCUAUUGUCGCACUUAAUGUGUGUGUGUGUGUGUGUGUGUGUGUUUGUGUGUGUGAGUGAGUGUGUGUGUGUGUGUGUGUGUGUGUGAGUGAAGCUACAGGAAUGCUGUUUCAUUUGAACUAUGCAAAAAAUAGCAGUGAUUUAGAACCGCCUGAUUUUUCAAACGCAUUAAAAGCUUUUAUUGUGUUAAAGAGCUUUUAGUUUGUAGAGUACUUCAGAUACUGUACUUUUGCAGUGAAUAUGAAUAUGUGCAAUUCAGAUCUCUGACCUAAUAAGAAGGGAAAUGCCUUAAUUUAAGCUAAACUUUAAUUUAGUUUCUUUACUUUAGUGAAACUUGACAGCCAUUUACUCACAUCAGUUGUUUUACAUUAUUUCACUUGGACACAUUUCACCUUUAACCGUUUGCUUUACAAGUGUGUUAAUGAUUCGCCGUCCAGCACGCUGAGAGAAAACUGUGAGUAAAUUCAAGGUAAUUCAAGAACGUACGCGAUUAUAUGUGUUUAAGUCGAGACACUGGUGGGAAAUGCGUCAUGCCUCUCGGUUUAAAUGUUAAAUAACUGAAUUAUUUUGUGAUAUUUGAAGAUGCGAGCGCCACACUCCACGUGAACGACGAACAAACAUGGCAGAAUGAGAGAGAGUCACUUCUCUGCAUCACAUUUAGUAUUAAUAUUAUUAUUAUUAUUAGAUUUGAAAAGAAUGGGAGGCAGUGUUUUCUGUGUUACUAGGCAACAGCAUCCACUGAACAAACUUGUCUGUUUUUUUGUUUUUUGUUGUUGUUUUUGAAGCUAAUUCUGUAAUAAAAGAGAAAAU